AUGUCUACCGAUACGACCAAGUAUAAGCUAAAUCACUCCAUGCUCCGGAUCAAGGAUCCUAAGGCAUCUGUCAAGUUCUAUGAAUUCCUUGGGAUGAUAGUUGUCAACAAGCUCGAGUUUCCCGACAACAAGUUCGAUCUGUACUUUCUGGCCUAUGAUUCGCCCAAAGCGGUGUCUCAUGGCAACCAUUGGACGGAUCGCGAGGGCAUAAUCGAACUCACGCACAACUACGGGACAGAGGACGACCCCAGCUACAAGGUCAACAACGGGAAUAGCGACCCGGGCAAGGGCUUCGGCCAUGUUGCGAUCUCUGUGGACAACAUACAGGCGGCUUGCCAAAGGCUUGAGAAUGAAGGAUACCAGUUCAAGAAGAAGCUGAGCGAUGGGAGGAUGCGGAGCAUUGCCUUUGCCCUCGAUCCAGAUGGGUACUGGGUAGAAAUCAUUUGCCAGAAGCCGGUCGAAGAGACCGAAAACGUUAAGGAGACGGACACUGGCACAUACCGCAUGAACCACACAAUGAUCCGAGUCAAGGACGCAGAAAAAUCGCUAGCCUUCUACAAAGACGUCAUGGGCAUGAAGCUCAAACGAGUCUCUGAGAACAAGGACAACGGCUUCAAUCUGUACUUCCUCGGAUACGGCCGGGACGCUCCAGAUAACUCUCCCAACGGCGUCAACCCUGUGGCAGAGGACGAAGGGUUGCUGGAGAUGACAUGGAAUUAUGGAACAGAGAAAGACCCAAACUUCAAGUAUCACGACGGCAAUUCCGAGCCACAAGGAUUCGGCCACAUCUGCGUGUCUGUGGACGAUUUGGAUGCGGCAUGCUCGAGGUUCGACGAGCAGAAGGUUCAGUGGAAGAAGCGGCUUACGGAUGGUCGGAUGAAGAAUGUUGCGUUUGUGCUAGACCCGGAUGGUUACUGGAUCGAGGUCAUCCAGAACGAAAAGUUCAAGCAGCGAAGCAACUGGUAG